CCCACUCUGGCCAGCCCAGCUCUUCUGUCCCCUGCUCACCUUCCCUCCCCCCGAAAGGAUGAAGCCUCCCCCUCUUCUGACCUUCCUUUGCCUCCUGGUGGCCCUGGCCGGCGGGAACCUGGUCCAGUUUGGGGUAAUGAUUGAGAGGGUGACGGGGAAGCCUGCGCUGCAGUACAAUGAUUACGGUUGCUACUGUGGCGUUGGCGGCUCCCACUGGCCCGUGGACCCAACGGACUGGUGCUGCCAUGCCCAUGACUGCUGCUAUGGGCGCGUGGAGAAGCGGGGCUGUGAACCCAAACUGGAAAGGUAUCUCUUCUCCGCCAGCAGAUACAACAUCUUCUGCGCCGGCAGAACGGCCUGCCAGCGCCAGACCUGCGAGUGUGACCGGUCGGCUGCCCUCUGCUUCCGCCGCAACCUGGGCACCUACAACCGCAACUUCGUCCGCUACCCCAACAAGCUGUGCAGCGGCCCCACGCCGCCCUGCUGGGGCCUGGCCCCGCCUCCUGCCGCGGUGAACGACGAGAGUGGGAAGACGGAGCAGCCCCACGCCGGCAUUCCUCCGGGACCCGCCAGGGGACCAGACCACAGGCUGAGCUUCAGUGAUCAUCAUGAACGGCUGGCCACGGUGGUCCACUGGCUGCUGACGCACACGGGGGCGGAUUGA